UGAUGUCAUUGCUGAUGUCACCACAGCCGCCGCAAUGUCCCCGCCGGUGCCAGCGCUGACCCCGGAGCAGAAGCAGGAGCUGGCGACCAUCGCCCAGCGUAUCGUCGCCCCCGGGAAGGGUAUCCUGGCUGCCGAUGAGUCCACUGGCAGCAUCGCCAAACGGCUGAGCUCGGUGGGGGUGGAGAACACAGAAGAGAACCGGCGCUGGUACCGGCAGCUGCUCUUCACCGCCGACAGCCGCGUGGACCCCUGCAUCGGCGGAGUCAUCCUCUUCCACGAGACCCUCUACCAGAAGGCGGACGAUGGGCGUCCCUUCCCCCAGGUCAUCCGCAGCAAGGGCGCCCUCGUCGGCAUCAAGGUGGACAAGGGGGUCGUGCCCCUGGCUGGCACCAACGGCGAGACCACGACCCAGGGGCUGGACGGGCUGAUGGAGCGCUGCGCCCAGUACAAGAAGGACGGGGCCGACUUUGCCAAAUGGCGCUGCGUCCUCAAGAUCACCGCGCACACGCCCACGCGCCUGGCCGUCAUGGAGAACGCCAAUGUCCUCGCCCGCUACGCCAGCAUCUGCCAGCAGAACGGCAUCGUCCCCAUCGUGGAGCCCGAGAUCCUCCCAGAUGGUGACCACGACCUGAAGCACUGCCAGUACGUGACCGAGAAGGUGCUGGCGGCCGUCUACAAGGCGCUGAGCGACCACCACGUCUACCUGGAGGGGACGCUGCUGAAGCCCAACAUGGUGACACCGGGCCACGCCUGCACCAAGAAGUACAGCCCCGAGGAGAUCGCCAUGGCCACCGUCACCGCCCUGCGCCGCACCGUGCCCCCCGCUGUCCCCGGCAUCACGUUCCUGUCGGGUGGCCAAAGCGAGGAGGAGGCGUCCCUCAACCUCAACGCCAUCAACCGUUGUCCCCUGGCGCGCCCUUGGGCCUUGACCUUCUCCUAUGGGCGGGCGCUCCAGGCCUCGGCGCUGCGGGCUUGGGCCGGCAAGAAGGACAACACCAAGGCGGCCCAAGAGGAGUACGUCAAGAGGGCCUUGGGAAAGGACAAGGUGGCCCAGGAGGAGAACGUCGAGGAGGUUCUGGUGGGUCACCCGUGGGGACGGGACCCAGACGUCCGGGCGUUCCAGGUCCGUUAUCCCGACCGCAUCACGUUGAUCCGGGGAAACCACGAGAGCCGGCAGAUCACCCAGGUCUACGGUUUUUACGACGAGUGCCUACGGAAAUACGGCUCCGUCACCGUUUGGCGCUACUGCACCGAGAUCUUCGACUCCCUCAGCCUCUCCGCCAUCAUCGACGGCAAGAUCUUUUGCGUGCACGGGGGCCUCUCGCCUUCCAUCCAGACGCUGGACCAGAUCCGCACCAUCGACCGCAAGCAGGAGGUGCCCCACGACGGUCCCAUGUGCGACCUCCUCUGGUCCGACCCCGAGGACACGACGGGCUGGGGCGUGUCCCCGCGGGGGGCCGGCUACCUGUUCGGCAGCGACGUGGUGGCCCAGUUCAACGCUUCCAACGACAUCGACAUGAUCUGCCGCGCCCACCAGCUCGUCAUGGAAGGCUACAAGUGGCACUUCAACGAGACCGUCCUCACCGUCUGGUCCGCCCCCAACUACUGCUACAGGUGCGGGAACGUGGCGGCCAUCUUGGAGCUGGACGAGCACCUGCAGAAGGAGUUCAUCAUCUUCGAGGCGGCGCCGCAGGAGACGCGGGGGAUCCCCUCCAAGAAGCCGGUGGCCGACUACUUCCUGUGACGUGUGUCCCCCCCCGGCCCUGCCCACGUCCCCAACAGGUCACCCGUGUCCCCUGGGGCCACCUAGAGCCACCCUAGGGCCACCGUGUCCCCAGGAGAUGUGGGGUGGCCACCGCUGGUGGCAUCUAGGGAGGCUUGAGGACGUCGUCGUGGUCCUUGUCCAUUUUGGGGCCACCACGAUGUCCCCUGGGGUCACCUAGAGCUGCCCCCCAAAGUGGCCUUGUCCUCUCCUGUCCCCCCCCGCGUCACCCCUCCCU